GCGCGCCCUCUGCCCCCACUCUCCGCCCUGACCGCCAUUGCCUCGUGCCCGCGCCGGUCGGUUGGUGGCGCCUUUGUCCUACGGCGGGCAGGUGGGCUGAGGCGGAGGCGGCGGCGGCGGCGGCACUGAGGCGACGAGCGGCCGGGAGCCCGCCGCGCUGGUAGCGAUAUUAAUAAGGCAGCGGAAAGAAGAAAUAUGAAUACGGCUCCAUCCAGACCCAGCCCCACACGAAGAGAUCCGUAUGGCUUUGGAGACAGUCGAGAUACAAGACGUGACCGAUCCCCAAUUCGAGGAAGUCCAAGGAGAGAGCCCAGGGAUGGCAGAAAUGGCCGGGAUGCCCGGGACAGCAGAGACAUGCGAGAUCCCCGAGACCUGCGGGACCACAGAGACAGCAGAGAUGUUCGUGAUCACAGAGACAGCAGAAGCAUGCGCGACGCUCGGGACAUGAGGGAUCUUAGAGACUUCCGUGAUCUAAGAGACGCUAGGGAUUUUCGAGAUCACCGGGACCCCAUGUACGACAGAUACAGAGAGAUGCGAGACUCCCGAGAUCCCAUGUACAGGAGAGAGAGCUCUUAUGAUCGAUACCUGCGAGUGGACGACUAUUGCAGGAGGAAGGAUGAUUCUUACUUUGAUCGGUACAGAGACAGCUUUGAUGGACGAGGCCCUCCAGGCCCAGAAAGUCAGUCUCGUGCAAAAGAGCGUUUGAAACGUGAAGAGCGGCGUAGAGAAGAGCUUUAUCGUCAAUAUUUUGAAGAAAUCCAGAGACGCUUUGAUGCUGAGAGGCCCGUUGAUUGUUCUGUGAUUGUGGUCAACAAGCAGACUAAAGAUUAUGCUGAAUCUGUGGGGCGGAAGGUGCGAGACCUCGGCAUGGUGGUGGACUUGAUCUUCCUCAACACAGAGGUGUCACUGUCCCAAGCCUUGGAGGACGUUAGCAGGGGAGGGUCUCCUUUCGCUAUUGUCAUCACCCAGCAACACCAGAUUCACCGCUCCUGUACAGUCAACAUCAUGUUUGGAACCCCACAAGAGCACCGCAACAUGCCCCAGGCAGACGCCAUGGUGCUGGUGGCCAGAAACUACGAGCGCUACAAGAAUGAAUGCCGGGAGAAGGAACGUGAGGAGAUUGCCCGACAGGCAGCCAAGAUGGCCAACGAAGCCAUUCUACAGGAAAGAGAGCGAAGAGGCCACCCUCCGGCCAUCCAAAGCCUCAUCAACCUGCUGGCAGACAACCGGUACCUCACUGCCGAAGAGACUGACAAGAUUAUCAACUACCUGCGAGAGAGGAAGGAGCGGCUUAUGAGGAGCACCACCGACUCUCUGCCUGGUGAGCUACGUGGCAGGGCCGAGGCCCGAUUUCCCGCCAACCACUCGGGGCGACCUCGGGUGCCUCGCUGAAGACGCAGCCAAGCUCCCAACCGCUCCAGAGCGGCCAAGUGCUCCCCUCUGCUACACCCACUCCAGCUGCACCCCCCACCUCCCAGCAAGAGCUUCAGGCCAAAAUCCUCAGCCUCUUCAAUAGUGGCACGGUUGCGGCCAAUAGCAGCUCUACAUCCCCCUCGGUUGCUGCCGGAAACACCCAGAACCAGAAUUUUUCCACAGCAGCGAACAGCCAGCCUCAGCAAAGAUCUCAGGCCUCUGGCAAUCAGCCUCCAAACAUUUUGGGACAGGCAGGAUCUGCUCAGAACAUGGGCCCCAGGCCUGGGGCUCCUUCCCAAGGGCUCUUUGGCCAGCCUUCCAGCUGCCUGGCACCUGCCAGCAACAUAGCCAGCCAGAGGCCUGUGUCUUCCACGGGUAUCAACUUUGACAAUCCAAGUGUACAGAAGGCUCUGGACACCCUGAUCCAGAGUGGCCCUGCUCUCUCCCACCUGGUUAGCCAAACCACAGCACAGGUGGGGCGGCCCCAGGCGCCCAUGGGAUCUUACCAGAGGCAUUACUGAGGCUCAGUCUCUCAGCUCCCCCGACCCCCUCGUCCCCGGCCACCUCCCACCUAUUGCGUUCUAAUUAGAGUUAUUUGGAGGGUGUUCUCUGCGCCUGUCCCGGUCCACAUGAAAUGUCCUAAGUUUCUACCACCUGCUCUCUCUUCUGCCCAAGGCUGUGUUGCUUCUUCCUUCCAGAGUCAGAGUUUAUACUGCAUUGGGGAGUGUAUCUUUUUUUGUUGUUUUGGGGGGGGUGUUUUGUAGAAAAUAAAUAUCUUUGGGGUCAGUUGGAUGGCAGUAUAGGUGUCUGGGCUCAGGUUAUAUUUCAUGGGUUUCUCUGGUCUCUGUCAGCUGGAUUGGGCUUGGGACAGCCAAGCCCCGAUUGGCUGAGUUUGGACUGGCAUUUUCAUGUCAGUAGCCACUGCCUUUGUUCACUUUGAACCUACCAAUGUUUUCCAGCCUCGCACAGGCCAGCCAGAGCUCGAGCUUCUCCUGCGCCUCCUGCCCAGGGUUGCUCGGCCGACUGGGCUUGUGUAGGCUUGGUGUCAUCGUGCCCCACUCCCCAUGCUGGGGGGUCGACUUGAGGAUUCAUAGAUCAGCUACUCUGGAGUUGUGAGGAGUGCCCACAACUGGCAGACGUGAGAGCAGGUACUUUUCUGCCUGACCCAGGGUGGUUGGUUUUGGGUUUUCUCUGUUUUCAUUUUUGCUUUCAUUUCGUUGGAGGAUCUCCAAUGGACUGAACAGCUCCAGUCACCAGCGGUUGAACACAAGCUGACUCUGGGCCCCAACCACUCUUUACCCCCUUAACAUUUGUCAGUCUCUCCCUGCCCAGAAGCAUUUUGAUGGAGUCGGAUCCGAGCAGGCAACUCUAGACUCUGGCAGUGAACGCCCAUUUUUUUCAGUGAUUGUUUUGAGCUUUUGGCUCAGAAAUCAGGCUCUUGUUUUCAUCUGGACCCUUGUUCUGUUUUUUGAGUAGCAGGAGGUGGGGACCAUUUCGAUGUCAGACCUUUGGUAGCUGGACAUGUUCUUGAUACAGGUGGCUGUUCAUAACUUACAAUUCUUAGAGGGAGGACUUCUGGCUGCUGCCAUUUGGAGCCCAAGGAAUCUCCCUUCUCCCUAGGGAUGGCGCUCGUUAGAGCACUGUGGAUCACAGUCUCAAGGGGCCCCUGGCACGGACGAGGGAGAGCAGUGACUUCAGCAGAGUCCCUGCUAGUGGCAGAGCAAACAAUGGUUUCAAAACCUCAAGGUCCCCAAAUGGCAGCAUUUUACGUUCGGAACUGUUUGUGUUAUAUAGUGUUUUUUCCCUCUUUGGAACUCUUGUGUUAUUAAUAAGAUGAGAUGAUUACUUUUUAAUUAAAAUGAAAAAGUCAAAGCUGUGUCGUCUUUUU